AAUUCAGUUUUUAAAAUUAACUGUGAAGGAAAUCAGUUGAAAGUUUUUAUUCUUAAAAAAAAAAUUAUUUGUGUGUAAUUAUUUUUUUAUAUUAUGGCUCCUGUAUGUACUUGUGGUGCCGCAGCACAAAAAUGCAUGAGACCCGGCAAAGUUACUCGUAAUGGAUAUUUCAAUUUUUUACGAGAAUUUCGUAAGACAAAUUGUGGCCUAUCUGCUGUUGAGACGGUUAGGCAAGGAGCUAAAAAAUGGAGAUCAAUGAGCCAAAAGGAUAAAUCAAAAUUUAUAGAAAUGGCAAAAAGUGCUCCAAAAACACCUAGACGCAGCAGAAUGCGUAGAAUGCGUGGUGGUAGCAUGCGUGGACGUGGAAGACGGAUUGGUCGUAGAUAAACAAUUUUUUUUUUUGUUUUUAAAAUUAUGUUAUAAUUCGUUCGUUAAUAAAAAAACUGAAACAAA